AUGAGCGGCGUCAGUUUUCGUCGGGUCAAUCCCACUGGCGAUGUUUCGUCUCAUGGAGAAGACACCUCUAGCAUCAGUUGCGCCACUUCACGCCUUCCUCCUCGUUCGCGCGUUCUUCAGCACUUGCGUCGUUUGGCGCUUCCGCUUGCCCUGGGUCAGUUCCUCUCUGCCCUGAUCGCCGUCACCGGCAUCGCCAGCAAUUACCUCGUCAACUUCGGCGUCAGCCUCCCAUUAGCUCAGAACCUGCCUCACUACUUCCUUCUCUCCUGUGUGUACGGCGUCUUCAGCUGGCAUCGGCUGCUGUGCACUUCAGACGCCACGACGAUAUUCCUCGAUGAUGCUUCCGAUGUCAGUCCGCAGAAACCAACACGCGCGCAAACAUUGUGGUCGUUUUUCCGGCUUAGAGGCUGGCAUUAUCUGAUCGCGGGCACGAUUGACGUCCACGCGAACUGGGCCAUCGUUUCGGCCUACAACUACACCAACCUGACCAGCGUCCAGCUUCUCGACUGUCUCACCAUACCCACGGCGAUGAUCUUGAGUCGCUUCUGCUUGAAGGUACGGUACAAGUGGAUGCAUAUAACUGGGGUAGUUAUAUGCCUGGCUGGUGCUGGAGCCAUGGUUGGCGCGGAUUACUUGGCUGCGAAGAAAGUUGACAGCAACUCCACCACAACUGCGUCGCAGACCACCACAGUCCUGUUGGGUGAUUUCCUGGUCAUCAUUGGUGCUGUCGCGUAUGGCGCAUCCAACGUCUAUCAGGAGUAUCUUGUGCGUAGAUUUGGAAUUAUCGAUUACUUGGGUUUCGCACCUCUAGCAGCUACGUUUUGGACUGUCAUCUACUGUGUCAGUUUGGAGUAUGGGUCCAUCAACAGCCUUAUUCAUGCUUCUGAAAAGCCUUACCUUGGAGCCUCCUUGGGAUGUCUGGCUGGCUUCGCAGCAGCAAUGUUCCUACUUUACACUGUGUUCCCCUUUGCACUGUCAAGAACAGACGCUGUUCUGGUGAAUCUUUCGCUCCUAACUGCAGACCUUUACGCCUUGCUAAUCGGCAUCUACCUCUUUGGCAACAUUUUCCACCCUCUAUACUUGGUCUCCUUCGCAGUGAUCAUGCUGGGAGUCUGCACUUUCGCCUCAAGGGACCCAAUUUUUCGUGAACUCACCGACGUAGCUAAAGAGGAAGAUGGCGCCUAA